AUGCAUUAUGUUUUUUCUAUAACAUUAGAGAAGGAAGUUAUAGACUGGAGGGACAAUAGAUCAAUUCUUGAAUUCAUAAGAAAAUAUCAACGACCUGAUGGCACCUCACCAGAUAAACUUGUCAACCCUUUUGGUGGUUCUUUUCCUCUCUGCAACCGAGAAAUUACCUUCAAUACUUUAUGGAAUGGCACUUCGGGAAGAAAUGGUAUUCUUUCACGUUUUCAUAGCAACACAUCAGAUCGGACCUCACAUCCACUUCCCUUUCUGGCUUGUGGACCAGGAACUGGAAAAAGCAGAUUCCUUGAAGAAGUGGCAAGAUUGUUGGUAGCAAGAGCCAGUGAAUCUGACAAUGAAAGUGUUAAGAUGGCUUUCUCCAAUAUAGUUGUGGUAAAUACUACAUUUGGAAGUGGAACUCCUGCAAGCAAAUUUGAUGUGGAAAUUGGAGGGGAAGCAGCAUUAGCUGUUCGACUCAUUUAUCAACAUUUCAUCAGUUGUAACAAUCCAAAGAUUAGUUUUGCAGACUUUAUAAUGAAUGGAGAUGUAAGCCUCCUCCGCUUAACUACUGCAAUAAAUAUAGUGGUUUCAGAAAUGACAUCAAACAUUCAUGUAUUUGUUCUUGGUAUUGAUGAAAUAAAUUUACUUUACUCAAUUGAUCAACAAACUCUUCAUCAAGUAGUACAUGUGAUUGGUGGACUUUCUUGCAUGCGUGGGAAUAUAUUUUUCAUACCAAUUCUAUCUGGAACUAUCCAAGGUCCUAUGGAGGAGCUUGUACAAGAAUCAACCUAUCUGCUUUUACAACUCCCACUACCUCUCCUUCCUGAUAAAGACAUGUUGUUCAUUGCAAGUUCACUUGGAUUUCCUAAUGAGUAUAUCUUGAAAAAUAAUGUAUUUCGAUGCUGUCUUACUGAUAUUGGUGGAAUGGCUCGAGCUAUGGAGUCCUUUUUCCAUCUCAUCAUUGAACAACAAACCUACAAUAAGAAUGACUUGGAAAUUACUGACAAAACACCAAUCAACUUGCUAAAUUGUGUUGAUAUUGUGGAGGUAAUGACUAAACUGAUAAUAGAUUUGACAGGAAAAUACCCUUUCAAAACAUAUUCACAAUUUGCAAUGCCAAUGCUGGCAAAUGCUAUUUUGGAAAAAUCAGUAAUGGAAUCUGAUGGCUUUAAUAUUAUCAGGCAAGAAGACACAAAGAAUAAAGAAUACUUUGCAACUUACAAGGAACUCAAGUCCGCAGGCAUCAUAAAUCUUGAAUCUGCUGAUAAUGGUACUGGAAAAUGGUACAAAAUCCGCUUGCCAUACUUGUGGCUAUGUAUUGUUGUUUCUGUAACUUCUGCAAAUUCACCCAUUAAAAAAUGGAUUUCAUUUAUUGAUCCACAACAACCAGUCUAUUGGCAUGGUUGGGAAGUUUUUAACAUGGAAUUUUGGGCAUUACGCCUAUGCCUCUUAUCAUUUAUUCAUUCUGAUGAACAUAUCAACCUGGAAGAACUCCUUUGUGGUGCCUCUUACAACCAGAAGUUCCCAAAUAUUAUGAUCAAACUUCCAAAAUACAAUUUGAUUACUGUGCACAGAUUGAUUGAAAAAUAUCCUGAUAAGCUCAAAGUCAGAGAUACAAAUGACAAUAUACAUGAAACUAUACAUAAGAACUCUCAUAAAGUGUUUGUAAAUGGUAAGGAAGCAAAUUGGGAUGGCUUUUCAUUCCUUUCACCUUCAGAAUAUAGUGCUUGCUUUCUUAUUGCUUUCCAGAUGAAGUACACUGAAUUGGAUUCAGAACAUUCUAAAAGAAUUAAUCAAGAGCUGAUUGAUACUGAAUAUAAGAAAGUGGCAGAGGCAUUUAAAAUAUUAAAACAAAAAACAAAAAUCAAGGAGUGGGUUUUUAUCAUUUUGUCUAAUGCCAAUCAGGCUAAUACCCUGAAAGUUGUGGAUCUUCCUGACAGAUGUGCUGUAGCUGAUCAAACAAAUUUUCAGGCUUUCUAUGGGUACACAUUCGCAAGUUGUGCACAAUUUUCUGCAGCAGAGAAAAUUGAGUCAGAAAGAAAAAGAAAGUUCUUUGAUACAAUGGAUGAUUUAUUGGAACGUGUUCCUAAAUUUCCUCGAUCAGAGAUCCAUAAUAAUAAUGUUGUAGUGCCAUGA